CUUCGGCUCGGCCGUCCACACCCCACCCCACCCGUCCCCAACCCGUUCGGCGAAAUGCCGCCGCCGCUCUCCGUCUCGCUCCCCUCGCCGCAGCCCCCAUCCCUCCUCCCGCGCCACGCCAGGCUCCCCCUCGCCCCGGCCCAGCCCCUCUCCGCCAGGGCGCCGCCCUCCUCCGUCUGCUCCGUCGUCCCCGCGCGCCACUCCGCCGACUACUUCGACCCCCGGGCCCCGCCGUCGCAGCGCGACGCGUACGGGCAGCCGCCGCCGCCGCUGGAGAGGGAGCCGCCGGUGCCGGGGGGCCAGGCCGGGAGGGUGUUCGCCAGCUACAGCAUCUACAAGGGCAAGGCCGCGCUGGCCUUCGACCCCAGGCCGCCGCAGUUCGUGCCGCUCGAAUCUGGAGCGUACAAGGUGGCCAAGGAGGGGUUCGUGCUGCUCCAGUUCGCCCCCGCGGUGGGGCCCCGGCAGUAUGAUUGGGCACGCAAGCAGGUGUUCUCAUUAUCUGUGUGGGAGAUGGGAACCUUGCUUACUCUUGGUCUAACAGAUUCGUGCGAGUUCUUUCAUGAUCCUUUCAAGGGAAGGAGCGACGAAGGGAAAGUGCGCAAGGUUCUCAAAGUUGAGCCAACGCCAGAUGGGAAUGGUCGCUUUUUCAACCUCAGUGUUCAAAACCGUCUUUUGAAUGUUGAUGAGAACAUAUACAUCCCUAUAACCAAAGGAGAAUAUGCAGUCAUUGUAUCAACCUUCAAUUACAUCAUACCGCACAUCAUGGGCUGGAGCACGUUUACAAAUUCUAUCAAGCCCGAGGAGUCGCAGCCAUACAAUAGGCCACAGUCCUCGCCCGAAUUGGAGUGGCGAAGGUGAAGAAUGACGACGGUUCUCGGAGGGAGAUGGCAGGGAGGAUGAACUUUUGGUGGAGUUCCUUCCAGAAGAGGAAUUCUUGGUGGUGCUGUUUGGAAAAUAUUUUGGUGCAUAAUUUGGCUGGUAAUCUCUGGUUUAGUUAGGAAAUGAUAUAUUGGGUUCUGGCCUAUUCCUUUGGUUUUUUCCUUACAGCAGGCUGGAGUUCUGUUAGUCAACCAUUUCGCCUUUGCCAUGUAGAGUUACAUGGGUUCAUCUGCAAGACUACAGAUCUCAGUCUGGCCUUAGAAUCGGAGGCGGUGGAAAUCACACCUAGUUCUCACUUCUUAAUGCAGGAAUGGCUUACAUGGGACUUACUGUAGCAUUUUUGCUUGGAGGUAUUGCAGUUCCCCCCAUGGAUCAUGACACCUGCCUCAGGGUACCUGAGGCUCUGAACCCUGAACUGUUUUGCAUUUGCAAUCCAAGUUGUUCAUUUGCUAAUUCUGAAUUCCAUAUUGUGCGCUGGUCAUGUACUGAAACCUGAGUAAGCUCUGCGAUUUGCCUAUUAAAAAGGUAACUACUCUGUGAUAUCUCAUGAACCAAA